AUGUACAUAUAUGUAUGUAUGUAUGUAUGUAUGUAUGUAUCCAGAGAGAGAGAGAGAGAGAGAGAGAGAGAGAGAGAGAGAGAGAGAGAGAGAGAGAGAGAGAGAGAGAGAGAGGAACCACGUCUGUAA